UGUGAGAGUAGAGUCAGUGGUCACCGGAUAGGGUCGCAUACAGUAUGGUCCAUGCUAACUUAGCACGUCUGUAUUUUCUCCUUGCAAUUUAGUGAUAAAAAACACAGUGAAUAUACCUUUUUACUUUUUGAAGUACACAUAACACUCGGAUUUAAAUCCGAGGUUUUCGCAUUUAUUUAUUUCUGUACUUAAUAUUCAAGAAACCUCAAUUUCAAACAUGUGUAUACAUAUUGUACUCGAGCUGUACUAUCUGAAGAAAAAAAAAAGAAAAUUGAACCUAAGUCAUAUAGUUUGAAAUGCGAGCCAAAACAAAAAAGUGGUACAAUACUUUUGAGGCGAACAGUAAUACAAGAAAUAAUCGUAUAUUGAAUUUUUUUCUAAAAAUAACCAAUAAAUUGCUAAAAACUUUAUCCUUAACUCAUUCAUAUUAUACAAAUAUGGAUCCAAGUGCAAAAAACAAUCAUAUACUUGCAGCUUCUUAUUUCAAGUUGAUUUAAUUAUUUAAAUAAAAUUAUCUUUUUUUUUUUUUUUAGAUCCGGUGGACAAGUAGAUACUGAUGAUCAUCAUGAUGAUACAACAGUUGCAAUUACAAGUGUUUCAUCUACAUCCCAUAAAUAUAGUCGAUCACAAAGUGAAUCAAGUUCACAAUCUCAAACUGAUAAUGGUACAACAAUAAAUCGUUCAAAACAUUUAUUAAUAACAAAUCGUAAACAACCUAAAACAAAUAUAAUUCAAACAAAACUACCAUCAAAUAAUACACGUCCAAAAACUAAAACAACUGAUGUUAUUGAUUAUUUUGAUAAUAAUGAACAACAAAUUAAAUCUCAUGAUCAAUGGGGUGAUUGGGAAGAUACAAAUUUUACAACAAAUAAUCGUUAUCAACAAUCCUAUACAAAUGAUCGACGUAGUGGUCAUCAACAAAAUUAUUCCGAUGAUUUAUCACUAAAAUCUAAUCGUUAUAAUGAACAAACAAAUGAUUUCAAUCGAAAUAAACAAUCAUUAAAAACACGUUCAAAUGCAUCUCGUUCAUCAGAUAUUCCAACAUCAUCAAAAUCUGAAAAUAAAACAGUGACUAAUAAAACUCAACCAGCAUGGCGUCCAUUAUCACCAGCACGACCACUAGAUUUAAAUGAUCCAACACCACAAGAAUCUAUUUCCUAUAAAUCACAAACAAAUAUUGAUGAUCGUCGUCAAUCAGCACCAAAUGAUCGUAAACAACGUUAUACACAAAUAAAUACAUCAUCAAUUCCACCAUUAAUGAGUGUAAGAUCGGAUGUACCACCAUCAACAUCAACAACAACAUCAAAACAAUAUAAAACAUCAUCUCAAUCUCAACGACAAGAUUAUAAUAGUUCAUCACAUUAUUCUCAACGUAAUGAUUUUUAUAAUGAAACAAAUGAUACAAAUUGGGGUAAUGAUGAUGAAUAUUAUGAUGAUGAUACAGGUUAUUAUGAUCCUAAUAUGCAAACUCAUCAACGUCAUCAUCAUACAAUGGGUUAUAAUUCAAAUAUACAUCAUCGAGGAUAUAUUGCAUUAGGUUCUUAUGGACGUUAUAGACGUGGUAGUACACUUCGUCAUCAACAACAAUAUAAUACUUAUAAUAUGAAUAAUACAUCAAGUACAUCAUCACAACUUAAUACAAGUACAGGUUCAAAAAUAAAAAAAACUCUAACAAAUCGUACAACAACAACAACAACAGCAAUAAAUAAUAAAAAAACAAAUGAAUCACCUGAACAACAAUCAAAAAUUGUUGUAGAAUCAACAAAAAUUAUUACUGAUGAAAUUGUAAAAAAACCAACAGCAUGGACAACAGAUAAAAAAUCAUCAACAAUAGAAGAAAUACCAAUAUUGAAAUCUAUUGAAACUCCUUCGAUAACUUCUACUGAAAUUGAAAAACCAAAAGAAUCAAUAAAUAUAAUAACUGAACAAAAAAAUCAAAAUGAAUCAAAUCUUGUUGAACAGACAGAAAAUGAAUCAACAGGAAUAAAUAAAAAAUCAACAACAACAACAAAUAAUUUUCAACGAAAAACAAAUAAAGAUCAACAAAAUUAUCAUCAAGAUCAACGUUAUCAAAAUCAACAAGUAUCACAUCAUAGAAAUACUUAUGCACAUUCCAUGCAAGAUUAUGAUGCCGUACAAAUGAAUGCUCAUAAUUAUUAUGGUACUAGUCGUCGAACAACACGAGGUGGUCGUAAUACACGUAUGCAUGAUUUAUCCGGUGGUUAUUAUUAUGAACAGCCUCAACAACGUUAUAAUAAUCGAUAUAAUUAUUCGAAUGAACAUUAUCAACAACAAUAUUCAGUAAAUAAAACAACAAAACGUACUAGUUCAGCAACAGCAACCACAACAACAACAACAACAUCAACUGAUCGUCAACCAAAUAAACAACAAAUAACAAAAGGAAAUAAUAUUAAUAAUAAUAAUAAUAAUAUAAAUCUUCGUCAUCAAUCAGCAAGUGAUAAUGAACAAAAAGAAGGUGAAGAAUGGGAAACAGCAUCAGAAUCAAGUGCUAAUAUGCGUUCUGGUCAUACAGAUACUAAUCAACAACAAUCUGUUAGAUCAACAACAAAUGAAACAAAACCAACAAAUCGUGAUCGAACACCACCAAAGAAAAGUUUUGCAACUCCACCACAAAAUAACGCAAUACCACCUCCACCAAUGCCCAGUUAUCCGUCGCCAUUUUUAGUUGAUCAUGGUGGUCAUAUGAUUAGUCAACCUCAACCACCACCACAUCCGUCACAAGCAUAUAUGAAUAAUCAAAUGAUGUCUGGUCGACCACAAGGUGCUCCAUACUAUCGAACUCCACCACAACAACAAUUACAAACACCUCCAGCACCACCAUAUGGUACUCAAGAUCCAUUAGCACAUGGAGGAUUUUAUGCACCAUUUUUUCAACCACCAAAUUCAAAUGCUCCACCUGUUGGACAUCCAUCACCUCAUAAUUUAUAUGGACAAAAUGAAGGUUUUCAUCAUGCUCAUGCACAAAUGUUUGCUCGUGCUGGUUCAAUAGAUCGUAAUGAUCAUCCAUUAAUGUCUCAACCACCACCACCACCACAAUCAUUAUCACGUCCAACAAAUUAUCCUUCAACAUCAUCAAAUCAACAACAACAAGGUCCACCACCAUCAUUAUUAUCUCAAAAUUUAAAAUCAUUUCAUACAAAUCAACAACAAACAUCAUCAUCAAAUCAAGCACAAUUUUAUCCACCACCACCAAAUCAAUAUGCUCGACAACCAAUGCCAAUUGGUGCUAUGAAUACAACAAAUAAUCGUCAACAAACACAACAAGUACCAAGUCUUAUGAGUGGUUUAAGUAAAAAUUUUUCAAAUAAUGGAAAUAAUCUUAAUAAUACACAAUCAUUAUUUCAACAUCGACAACCAUUAAUACCUCCACAAUCGAAUAAUAAUCGUCCGUUAUAUCAACAUCAUCCAACACAAUAUUCAAAUUAUUCAAAAUCAACUGGUCCGAAUGAUGAUAAUGUUAAACCAAAACAUAUAUAA